AUGAUUAAGAGUAUAGUUCGUGACAGAACAAAACUGUCACUACUAUUACUUCCCUCUCGCCACAUUCAUCACCAACACCAACCAUGUCUUUCUGCUCUGGGUUCUCAUUCCUACGCCCACAUGCUCCAACAAAUUAUCCAAAACGGCGCCGACACAAACGCCGGAAAACAUCUCCACUGCCACAUUCUCAAGCGUGGCGCUUCUCUUGACUUGUUCGCUCAAAACAUUCUUCUUAACUUUUAUGUUCAAUCCAAUUCCUUGCAUGAUGCUUCCAAACUGUUUGAUGAAAUGCCUCUGACUAACACCAUCACUUUUGUUACCUUGGCCCAAGGUUACUCUCGUUCCCAUCAAUUCAAUGAAGCCCUUCAUUACAUUCUCAGGUUAUUCAGAGAAGGGCAUGAGGUGAACCCGUUUGUUUUUACUACUCUUCUCAAGUUAUUGGUGAGCAUGGAUUUGGCUCACUUGUGUUGGACACUUCAUGCUUGCAUUUAUAAACUUGGCCAUCAGGUUAAUGCAUUUGUUGGGACUGCUCUUAUUGAUGCUUAUUCUGUUUGUGGAAAUGUUGACGUUGCUCGUCAUGUUUUCGAUGAUAUUUGUUGUAAGGAUAUGGUGUCUUGGACUGGGAUGGUAGCUUGUUAUGCUGAGAAUUGUUUCUAUGAGGAGUCAUUGCAACUUUUCAAUCAGAUGAGGAUUAUGGGGUACAGGCCCAACAAUUUCACCAUUUCGGGUGCACUUAAGUCCUGUCUUGGUCUAGAGGCGUUUAAUGUUGGGAAAAGUGUUCACGGAUGUGCUUUGAAAGGUAGUUAUGAUCAUGAUCUUUUUGUUGGCAUAGCGUUGCUUGAGUUGUAUGCAAAGUCUGGGGAGAUUGUUGACGCACAACGGCUUUUUGAGGAAAUGCCGAAAAAUGAUCUUAUUCCUUGGAGUCUGAUGAUAGCACGGUACGCUCAGAGUGACAGAAGUAAGGAGGCUUUGGAUUUGUUUCUUCGAAUGAGGCAAACAUCUGUGCUCCCUAAUAAUUUUACAUUUGCUAGUGUGCUGCAAGCUUGUGCCUCUUUAGCUUUGCUUAAUUUGGGAAUGCAAAUUCAUUCUUGUGUGCUGAAAUUUGGUCUGAACUCAAACGUGUUUGUGUCAAAUGCCAUCAUGGAUGUUUAUGCUAAGUGUGGUGAAAUUGAGAACUCCAUGAAAUUGUUUGAGGAAUUGCCAGAUCGGAAUGAUGUGACUUGGAACACUAUAAUCGUUGGUUAUGUUCAGCUAGGGGAUGGUGAGAAAGCAAUAAAUUUAUUUUUGUAUAUGCUUGAGUAUGACAUGCAUCCAACUGAAGUGACAUACUCAAGUGUUCUCCGUGCCUGUGCUAGUUUAGCAGCAUUAGAGCCGGGACUUCAAAUUCAUUCCUUAACUAUCAAAACCAUGUAUUACAAGGACACUGUAGUUGCAAAUUCUUUGAUAGACAUGUAUGCUAAAUGUGGAAGAAUCAAUGAUGCCCGAUUUACAUUUGAUAAGAUGAACAAACGGGAUGAAGUUUCAUGGAAUGCCAUGAUCUGUGGAUAUUCUAUGCAUGGCAUGAGUGUGGAGGCUCUAAAUUUGUUUGACAUGAUGCAACAAACUGAUUGCAAACCUAAUAAACUGACUUUUGUUGGCGUCCUGUCUGCGUGUAGCAAUGCAGGACUGUUAUUGAAAGGACAAGCUCACUUUAUGUCAAUGUCACAGGACUACGGCAUUGAGCCAUGUAUAGAACAUUAUACUUGCAUGGUGUGGCUUCUUGGAAGAUUGGGCCGAUUGGAUGAAGCAAUGAAACUCAUUGGAGAAAUUCCAUAUCAACCUAGUGUAAUGGUUUGGCGCGCAUUGCUCGGUGCUUGUGUUAUCCACAAGAAAAUUGAUCUAGGAAGAGUUUGUGCCCAACGUGUACUUGAGAUGGAGCCGCAUGAUGAUGCGACCCAUGUACUUCUGUCAAACAUGUAUGCCACUGCGGGGAGAUGGGACAGUGUUGCUUUUGUUAGGAAAAAUAUGCAAAAGAAAAGAGUGAAGAAAGAACCUGGCUUAAGCUGGGUUGAGAACCAAGGCAUUGUUCACUAUUUCUCUGUGGGCGACACUUCUCAUCCUGACAUUAAACUAAUAUGUGCGAUGCUUGAAUGGUUAAACAAGAAAACCAGGGAUGCAGGGUAUGUUCCUGAUUGCAAUGCUGUUUUGCUUGAUGUAGAGGACGAUGAAAAAGAGCGACACCUGUGGGUACAUAGUGAAAGACUGGCAUUGGCUUAUGGACUAAUUCGGACUCCGCAUGCAUGUUCUAUUCGCAUUAUUAAAAAUCUUCGAAUAUGUGUAGAUUGUCACACAGUGAUAAAGUUGAUAUCAAAAGUUGUACAACGAGAAAUUGUUAUCAGAGAUAUAAAUCGGUUUCAUCACUUUCGUCACGGGGUUUGCUCAUGUGGUGAUUACUGGUAA